GGCCGAGGGUGGUGCCCCACCCCGCACCAGCUUAUAGCCCUCGCCCAGGCUGUGGCAGCCUGGCAAGGAGGAGGCGACCCGGCCGGUCGGAGCUGGUUUGUUAGAGAGGUGCGCAGCGCUGGGGGAGCCUGGCGAGGAGGCGGCGGCGACUGGCGGGGGCCGGGUCCAGGGCGCUGGUGUGGCCAGAGAGACUCCCAGUGGUCCUGUGGAAGCGAAUCACGCAGGCUGCUCCCCAGCCAUCUUUCCCGGCGCCCGCAUCCUGCCUUCGAUGGUUAGGUCUGGCGAUUUCAGGCGGCAGGAUGCAUCUGUAAGAGGAGCGGCUUGAGAAAAAGUUGAGCAAGAAAAUAGCGUGGAUUUCUGGAGGUUCUUAUAGAAAUCUGGAGAUAGCUGUUGACUUUGAAUUUCGUUAAGAAAGAGGACCAAAACUGUUAAUCAGGAUCCAAGGUCUGCCUGUGAUUUCAGCUGUAUGGCUCAUUAACACUGGAAGCAAAAGGAAGGAGGAAAAUCAGUGUAGGUCUAUCUCCAGCGGUGGCUGUAGUAGCCUUGUAGUGGCAGAAGAUUAUCACUUUCAACAGGUCUGCACUUAGGAACCAUCGUCUUUCCUCAGUCUUGAGUGCCUCUGCCUCCUGCAGGUAUCAUUGACAGAGGCUUUGUGUUUGGAAAGGGGACUGUGUGACUACUAAACUGGCAAUUGACUUUAACUCUUGCUAAAAGUUUCUCUCUGACUGAAUGAAAGUGUGUCAAGACACGACCUGGGACACAUUGACAACCAAAGCCCUGACUCAAUAGGGUUAUUGAUAUAACUGGAUUUUAACCAUGACUAGGAGUAGAAACAAGGCCAAAACUGAAAAGACAACUGGUGUGGAAGCUAAAACAAAGAGGGAGGCUACUGGCAUAGUCAGACCUGUAGCCAGGACCCAGGCUAAAGCAGUAGCCAAUCCAGGGCUUCAGGCAAAUGCAGUGGCAGAGAUGAAGGCAGUAUCUAAGAACAAGAUUGUUACUGAGAUGAAAGGAGGAGUCCUGGCAAAUUUCAGUCCCAAAGGUGAAGAUGAGGCCACUCGAGUAUCUCAGUGUUCUGUGGCUGGGGCUAGUGCCAACUCCAGGUCCACAUGUAAAGAUGAGGCUGGUAGUGAUGCCUGGUUCUGGGCUGGGGAAGAGACUAGUGUUGGUCCCUGGUUUUGGAAUGAAGAAGAGACUGGUAAUUAUUCCAGUGCCAAGGAUGAAGGUAAAGUUGCUGUUGCUACUCCACUCUGUACUGAGAAAGAGCCUGUGGCCGGGGCCACCUGUAAGGCUAGGCCAGGGGCUGAAGAGGAAGAAGAGACUGUUAUUGGGAACUGGUUUUGGGAUGGCGAUGAAACUAGUUUUGACCCUAAUCCUAAACCUGUGAGCAGGAUAGUUAGGCCCCAACCUGUGAUAGAAAUUAAUGAAAAAAAUAGGCCCAAGGACUGGUCCGAGGUAACUGUCUGGCCCAAAGCCCCUGCUGUAACUCCAGCAGUGUUAGGAUUUAGAUCCCAAGUUCCAUCUGAGAUAAGGCCUCCUUCAUAUAUUGUCCUGGCCUCAGCUGAGGAAAAUUCUCAACCUUUGCCUGGGGCAACAGUGAGUUUUUCUAAGAGCACACCUUCAUGCUUACAGUCUAUCCAGGAGUACCCAUUUGGUUCUGAUCCUUGCGUUCAGACCAUAGAGGAGAUUAGACGCCAAAUCAGGAUCAGGGAGAUGAAUGGGAUUAAGCCAUUUGCUUGCCCUUGCAAAAUAGAAUGCUACAUGAAUUCUGAGGAAUUUGAAAAACUUGUUACUUUACUUAAGUCAACUACUGAUCCUCUCAUUCAUAAAAUAGCUCAAAUCGCAAUGGGCAUUAUUAAUGUUAAUCCGUUUGUCCAAGAGUUUAUUAAUGAGGUAGGUGUAGUGACGCUUAUUGAAAGCUUGCUCAGUUUUCCUUCCUCUGAAGUGAGAAAAACAGCUGUAAUUACACUGAAUCCUCCUUCUGGGAAUGAAAGACACCGCAAGAUUGAAUUACAUGUUAAACAUAUGUGUAAGGAAACCAUGUCUUUUCCCUUGAACUCACCUGGACAGCAGUCUGGCUUAAAAAUACUAGGGCAACUGACUACAGAUUCUAACCAUCACCAUAUUGUAGCCAGUUACUUUUCAGAGCUUUUUAAUUUGCUUUCCCAGGGAAAUUGUAAAACCAGAAAUCUUGUUUUGAAAGUACUUUUGAAUAUGUCUGAAAACCCAGUUGCAGCCAGAGACAUGAUCAAUACAAAGGCAUUAGCAGCAUUAAAACUAAUCUUUAACCAGAAAGAAGCAAAAGCCAAUCUUGUUAGUGCCGUGGCCAUAUUUAUUAACAUAAAGGAGCAUUUCAGAAAGGGCUCAAUUGUGGUUGUCAAUCACUUGAGUUAUAGUACACUCAUGGCCAUUUUCCGUGAUGUUAAAGUGAUUAUUGAAACAAUGUAGAAUGAGCCAGAAAAAAAAAAACAGAACAAUCUCCAAACUCUAAUUUUCAGUUCUCAAAGCCUUGCGUAAUACUUCAUGUAUUUCAUUGUGUCCAUUAUAAAUUACAUCUUUAACAAUAUUACCUGUGACAGUCUCUAGGUUUCAGAUAGACCAUUUAGGGGGUCAAAUAAAUACUACAUCGUGAGUUAAAAAUGCUUGUUGAUUUUUAUCUUGUGUAGAUGGGGCACUACUCAGUAUUUUACUUAAGAAAUUAAUGAACCUGUUUAUCCUGAGUAAGCUAACUUGUUCAUAUCUGCUUAGAUCCAUUCGUGGUUUUAAAUGGCGCAAAAAAAAAAGCCUUAAAUUUAGAAUCUAGUUGCAGAAAUAAGGCAUAUAUACACAAAAAGAUAACUAACUGAUUAUACAUAUAUUCACACUCUCACAUAUUGCAAAAUGUACACUAUCAAUAUGUAAGGAAGGUAGGGGUUUCUAUAAGCUGUUCAGUGUAAGAAUUGCUAUUUCUCUUAUCCCUGCAUUGCAUAACUUAAUUCUUCAACACAGAAAUGGCCCUGACUCCUAGAUAAAUGUAAUAUUCAUUUUCAAAUGUUGCUACUACAUUUAUAACUCAUUCUUAGGCUAUUUAGUUUAUGUCAAGUCAUCUCACAGAAGAGAAAGGAGGUAGGUAUACAGAGGAAACAUUUCCUGAGUGCCUGCUCUUAUGUCAAAUACUGUGUUGGCACUAUACUUCACAGGUUUCUAUUCCUGUCUUCCCACAGUGGUCCUGUGAGCUAGGUAAUGAUACACACACACACACCAUCAUAUUGGAUCACCUCUAAUGAGAAUUAGGGAGGUUAAAUACUUUUUCCUAGAUUCCCAUAGCAGGCAGGUGGCAUAUCUGUUUUUGUCUGGUAAUAAAACCCAUUCACUGUACUACCUUACGGUCCAAACAUUUUAUUAGGUAGUGGCCUUGGAGACUCAGUGUCUGGUUUUAAUGAUUCAGUGUGCUGUAGAUAAUGUCCCUGCCAGUCUUGCAAUUCUUCAUUUCUUCCAAAUGCACAUGUCCACUAAGCAUUUGGCUAUACGUGUUUGGGGUCAGGAGAAAAGUCUGGGUUCAGUGUGUGGAUAUGAAUUGGCAGUGUCUGGAAAACAGUAGGUACCCAAAAUUGUUGAAUAAGAUGUAAAUUUGGACUCAUCAGCAAGUGAAAUAUGUUAUAUAUCUGUAUCUUUUCACAAUCUGAUUAUACUUUUUUUCAAAGAACUGGAAUCAUUCUGUAUAUUGUUUCACAUAUUACAUUUAAAAAUAAUUACUACUUCUUUGGAACGUCAUCUUUUUACCAUUUAUAAUUUUUCCUAUUUCAUGUGCAUGCCAUGAAAUUUCAAAAGGCUCCAUCUUUUACUACUAGUCUAGUCCAUUUUCUGCUUUUGUACCAACUAAAACUACAAGGUAAACUUUGUUGGAAAAAUUUUGACCCAGUUGUAGCUUUAUCAACACAGGAAAACCGGGAGACAAGCUGCUGUCUCAUCUGACAUAGUAGUGAUUCCUGCAAGUCUUUGCGGUUCAGAAAACAUCCCCAGGACUUUUGGAUUAUUGGAUGUGUUCUCCAAGGCUCAUGGUAGGAAUUAUAAUCCCUGGUCUGAGCUGAAGAGAAUGUCUGUUUGUGAAAAUAAUAGGUUAUGUGCUUUGAACUUCCUACAUAGUUUAGAAACUAACACAAGAUCUUACUGUAAAUACUGUUUGUAACUUGCUUCCCUCUGCCACCAUCUGUGUAUCGUGAACAUCUUUUCAUGUUAAUAAAGAUGCUUCUGCAACAUA